UAUGAUGGCUCUCAACGUUGCUGUGCCGAUGUCGGGUGUUGGCGAUCUCCUGGACGUAUUCGGUUUGCUGUCGCCGAUUUCUCCUGUCAACAUUGACUUCCGCAACAGCAUAAAGAACCCGCUAUCCCCCGUGGGUAGCGAGUCCAGCGGCGUCAGUUCAUUGGAUUUGGAAGACAUUAAGAAACAAAUGCCAACUCUAAUGGACGAAAAUGAAGAAAGCGUCGGAUCAUCCGGAGCGGGAAAAUCGCCCACUGACACGACUGUUGGAUUGACCAUGUCAUCUGUCACAUCUUCCAGAACCUGUUCCACCUCCUCUUCGUCGUCUACGACAUCCGAUGACUACACCAACCAGUUGGAAGAAAAUGAGCAAAAAUCUUCGGAUGGCUCCUCCUCCAACGAUGAUGAUGUAGAUGGUGCAGCAACAGCAGCAGCGCCGCCGCCAUCUUUAACCUCACCAGACCUACUUGGAUCCGAUGUAAUGGAACCUGAAAAAGAACCUGCUGUGACUGGCAAAGAUGGAACUUCUCCCUACACUGAAGAAGUAAGACGUUCGCUGGACUUAAUGCAGGAAAUAAACAAACUGCCAUUAUUAUUGCCCAAGGCUUUAAACGAACCCAACUUUAGCGUACCGCGCACAUCCAUCUACUACUACAAUCGCGACAUUCUCGAUCUUGGGAGCAAUAUACGUCCCCAGGGUACUACUGCCGGUGAGUUCGCAUUCCAGUUUGCAGAACUACCGGAAACGAACAACAUUCAGUUCUUUCUGCAAAAUCGCUCCCAAUACCAUCGGCUUGGACCGAACGGGUUUUUGCAGGAGUAUCGUAUGGAAACCUGCCGAGACUGUGACUUCCAGUAUCCGGUUAAUAUUGUUGGUGCAAACUCAUAUGCUGCUCCUGGCUUUGGUACCACGAAACUGGCCAAUCUGAAUGAAAAUCAAAUCUAUGGCAGUUUGCAGCAGCAACAGCAGCAGCAACAACACCAGCAACAAAUGCGACUUCAGCAACAACAGCUGCAAAUGCAGUACGCCAACCGUUACAAUAAUAAUGUGAAUGGAAACGCAAUGGGACGUGACUACAAUAUGUACCACCAGCAGCAGGCAGCUAGCGGAAUGGGUGGUGGUGCUGCAGGCGCGGGUCCUCAAUCCUCCCGCUUCAACAAUGGUGUAUACGGCGGAUCGGCAAAUGUUCUUCCCGGUGGUGCACAUAACGUUCUUGGUGGUUCAACAGCGGCGAAUGGUGGCUACUUUAACAACAAUCUGUACAAUCCAAUGGCGUCGGGGAUGGGUAUGCAGUACAACAAUGCUGGUGCUACACCGAAAGGAAUCUCUCAAUCGAAUGGUGGUACUCUGGCGCAACCGACAGGACACCUUCGCCAACAGCAGCAAUAUGACAUGUUUCAGCAGCAAAAACAAUAUCUUAACAACUAUGCUGGGUUGGGAACGGCUGCUGGCAAUAAUGGUGUAAACGUUACAGCCUCCUCUAACACAGCUGCUGUACGUCUUCAGCAACAGCAACAGGCACAGCACGCUUCGCAUUACUAUAAGAAACCGCAAACGAUUCGGUAUGGUGGAGCGGGCGUCAACAACACCAUGCCAUCGUCCGCUGGACCAUCUACUGGCUCCAAUUGGAAAUCUCCAAUGGCAAACAGCAACGCGAUGCAGGAUCCGGCCGCAAAACAGCUGUUUAUGGAACUGAACAAAAUGCAGCAGCAACAGCAAUCCCAAUACUACGUACCUUUCCAGUAAAUGAUAUUUAAAAUGCAG